UAUUUUUAGUAGAGACAAGGUUUCACUAUGUUGGCCAGGCUGGUCUUAAACUCCUGACCUCUGGUAAUCCACCUACUCAGCCUCCCAAAGUACAGAGAUUACAGUUGUCAGCCACUUCGCCCGGCCCACCCAUGCUAUUAUUUGCAUUCCGAGUCAUGGAUGCAUGGAAAAAUACUAUCCUUUUGCUGUGAGGGCCACGGGGUAGCCUUACAGCAGACACUCAAUAGGCUUGGGGUGUUCAGAUGCUACAUAUCCAGACCUCUAAGGGAAACUCUAAGAUCUUGAAUGUCUUGCCUGAUAAGAAUGCCUCCGCAUACCUGGACCCCUGGGCCCCGGCCGAUAGCUGGUGCACACAACAUGACUGAAGGUGGGGCCACAGGCUGUGCAGUAUCACGGGACCUCUGGAGGAGCUUGAGGCUGACUGACUAACGUCAGCCAUGCAGCUGCUCCAGGCCAACACCGCCAACCUCCAGUAAAACCCUGCCGCCAAGGCUUAGGCCAGUGUCCCUGGUUGUCACACUUCCAUGCUGGGAGAAUGAUGGGUGUGCACAGGCCUCCCCUGGAGCGCUCACCAUGGUCUUCCUCCUGGUCUCUCCUGCACUCUGCCCUGUGCGCCUUUUCGUUUGCCGACUCUAACCUGAGUCCUUUCACUCCCUAAACCCUAACCAAGAGUGUGACGGUUUUCCUGAGUAGUGGGAGCUCUGCAGGUGGUGUGGACCUGGACUCAGAGGUUACGUUGGCUCACUGAAACAUCUCCCACAAGGCAGGAAGCGUGUGGGGCCCCCGGCAGGGCAGGGGGCAGGAAGUGGGGCUGAGAGCCCCUGGGCUGUGACAUUCUGUGGGUCUGUACAGGACGGGCACUUCCACGCUGCCAGGCCCCACACAGCCCUCAGGAAGGCCUUACCUGCCUGCUUUAAGCGGGCUCCCGUCUCGGGGCCAGGCCCUUGGUGCUGGAGGAGGUCAUGGGUGGAAGACGGGGGGCACCAAGCGGGCAGCCAGGACCCCACAGGCUACAGGCAAGAAAAGGACUGUGCGGUCCACCGGGUCUGGGCCACAUCAAGGGGUGUGGUUGAGGACCCGCCCCAAGGAGCUGAAAGCCAGGGCGCUGCCAGUCAUGAGGGUCCUCAACAGCCCUUGGGCCCAGGGCCGGUGAAGCUAGGUGGAGGAGCAGAGCUCCCACCCCGCCCCCAGGGGGCGCCCCGGGCCCAGCGCGGGAGGAGGCAGAGGGGGCGCCAGGCAGCGGGAGAGGAGGCCAUGGGCGCGCGCGGGGCGUUACUGCUGGCGCUGCUGCUGGCGUUGAGGGGACUCGGGAAGCCGGAGUCGCAGCAGGCGAAGCUGUUGUCAGGUAGGGCGCCAGGAUGCGCGAUGCCUGCCAGGGCCGCUGGGCUGGGGUGCAUGGGACCCAUCUCUGUUCCAGGUCCCAAGAACGUAAUGCUCUCAAGUAACCUGUGGGCCCUGGGGGUGGGACCGGCAGCUUCCCACUACGUGGGAGGGUCCCCGGCGUCACCUGCUUGGCGUGUAGUUCCCCGGGGUGCCCCUCCCUGCGUCCACCCUGGGGGUGAGACAGUGCGGGGGCGGGCCUGCCCCCUGCAGCUCAGCCGCGUCUAUCUGUCCAUCCCAGAGCCCUGCGGCCACCGAGAAAUACACUCGCUGGUAGCGGGUGGAGUGGAAUCCGCGCGCGGGCGCUGGCCAUGGCAGGCCAGCCUGCGCCUGCGGAGACGCCACCGAUGUGGAGGGAGCCUGCUCAGCCGUCGCUGGGUGCUCUCGGCUGCGCACUGCUUCCGAAAGCACUAUUAUCCCUCCGGGUGGACGGUCCAGUUGGGCGAGCUGACUUCCAGGCCACCUUUCUGGAACCUGCGGACUCACAGAAAUCGUUACAAAGUGCAGAACAUCAUUGUGAACCCUGCCUCCUUUGGAGUUAUACACAAUGACAUCGCCCUGCUGAGACUGGCCUCCUCUGUCGCCUACAAUGCGCACGUCCAGCCCAUUUGCGUCGAGCCGUCCACUUUCAUCUUCCUGCACCGGCGAGACUGCUGGGUGACCGGCUGGGGCUUCAUCGGCUCCAACGCACGUCUGCCACCUCCCUACAAACUCCGGGAAGCACAAGUCACCAUCUUAAACAACACCAGGUGUAAUUACCUGUUUGAACAGCCCUCUAGCCGUGGUAUGAUCCAGGAUUCCAUGUUUUGUGCUGGUGCUGAAGAUGGCAGUGUAGACACCUGCAAAGUUGCAGAGCCAAGACAGCAAAUACCACACAUCCGGGAGCCGUCCCCCAAGAAGAGCCCCACCACCAACUCCUUCCUGUACCCAUGGUGUCCUCUCACUCCUUCCUUCUGGAUGGUGGCCCAGAGGGCACAGGAGGGUAUAAAGAAGACCUGGAGGGACCCAGGCACAAGGAGACGCCAGCGAAGACUCUCCCGGCCAGGUAAGAUUCCUGGGAUGCGCCAGCCAGAGACCAUGCUGCUGCUGCUGCUCACCCUCGCCCUCCUGGGGGGCCCCACCUGGGCAGGGAAGAUGUAUGGCCCUGGAGGAGGGAAGUAUUUCAGCACCACGGAAGACUACGACCAUGAAAUCACAGGGCUGCGGGUGUCUUCGGCUCUUAUGGUGAAAAGUGUCCAGGUGAGACUUGGAGACUCCUGGGAUGUUAAACAGGGUGCUUCAGGUGGGCAGACCCAGGAAGUCAUCCUGCAGCAAGGCGAACACAUCAUAAAAGUCGUUGGCGCCUUCAAAGUUUUCCUUCAGGGUAUGGCCCUGUGCACCAACAAAGACCGCUGUUUCUAUUUUGGGAAGCUUGUUGGGAAUUUCUUCUCUGCCUACCCCAGCCAAGAGGGGCAGGUGCUGGUGGGCAUCUAUGGCGAGUAUGGACUCCUCGGCAUCAAGAGCAUUGGGUUUGAAUGGAACUAUCCACUAGAGGAGCCGACCACUGAGCCACCAGUUACUUCCACAUGUGGAUGAAAGGCACCCAUGGGUCACUAGGGUGGGGUACAGGGCCAUCUGGGAGGUGGUGGCUGAUGGCACUGGAGUAACUGAGUCAGGAUGCUGAAUCUGAAUCCACCAAUAAAUAAUGCUUCUGCAGAAUCAAUGCAUCCAGGUUUGGUCCUUGGAUCUGGGGUACAACCAAAGCCUUCCCUGCUCCUUGGGGACAAAGGCCCCAGUGCUGGAGUCCAGGGAACGGAGAUGAAGGGUAGGGCAGAGGUGACUCUGCCGAGGACAGAAAGACAGCAGCACCACCCCCUCAGGGAUGCUGUGGGACCCUGUGUCAGUCCCACAGUCUUUGAGGAGUCAGGCUUCAAGGCCACCACUCCCCACGGGCCCUCACCCCAGACCCAUCCAGCGGGCCUCCGCUGGCCACUCAGUCCUGGGCUUCUCUGAGUGUUCAAGGAGCCUCAGGGAAGCCACCCACUCAUCCAUUCACUCAGCAGACAUUUGCCAAGGCCUUGUCCUCACCAGCGUCCCCUGGCACUGGGGGUAUAAAGAAAAGGCCCAGUUUCCAGCUGAGGGCAGAUGCCUCGUGCGUGGUAGGGGAUGGUGCAGAGGCAGAUAGUGGCAGUUCACUUUGCCAUCUGCAUGGAUGGGGACACAUGCAGCUCAUGGUGUGUAGGCACUUUCCCAGGGGUGAGGUGAGGGGGAUGUGCUUCAGGGAAGUCUUCCUGGAGGUGGCAAUGUCUGAGCUAAGUCUUAAAGGAUGAGGGAGGAUUAGCCAAGAGGAGACAAGGGGAGGAGGGCAUUACAGGUUGAGGGCUCAGCAUGAGCAAAGGCACGAGAUGCAGACAGCUGGGGACAGCAGGCCUCACACUGCGGUAAUUUGUCACAGCAGAAACAGGAAAUCAGUACAGGCCCUGGACCCAGCCCAUUCUUCAUGUCCCCUUCCCAAGUCUCCAAGCCCACAUUGGCACUUGCCAAGAUCAGAGCCCCAGGGGCCUCCAGGGACAGGGUUUUCAGCCCUUUGGGACCAUGAUCCACAGA